AUACGAUAUGUUACGAUAUGAUACAUUAUGUUACGAUAUGUUACAUAAUGUUGCGAUAUGAUACAUUGUUAUACGAUAUGAUACGAUACAGUAUGUUACGGUAUGUUACGAUAUGUUACAUAAUGUUGCGAUAUGAUACGAUACAGUAUGUUACGGUAUGAUACAAUAUGUUACGAUAUGUUACAUAAUGUUGCGAUAUGAUACGAUAUGUUGCGUUAGAGAAACUAUGAGCUCUCGUGCUAAAUGCAGCUCGUUGCUUUCCAAACAUAGAUUAUUCCGUAAUUCAGAAAGUAAAUUAUAAACGUUCCUGAAAUUCAGAUUAAUCUUAAUAAUAUGCUCUUGUCCCUCAGACAACGUUCCCCUAACGUCGGACGUGUUUUAGUUAAAUUGAUGACGCCUGUCGAAGCUCAAAGGGAAGCGAGGUGAUUUCAUCCUCCUCCAGCAGCCGGUGUUGAGGACGUCUUCCCACUCCUCGUGCUCCAAAAAUACACAUCUUCAUUCGAUACCAUGAAUAACAUUUAAAUACGACCAUCACUCCAUCUGCCGGCGUGUUACAACUCUCGACCCGCCGGCCUCUCUUUAUCUCUCCGUGUGUGCUUUUAGAAUCCGAAGUAUCCUUUCUGUUCAGGUUCCUAAUCUCUGAAUCGUAAUGAGAGGCGAGGCCAGCGUGUUCUACAUCACUCAGCCUGGGGUGAGAAAGAAGUAGAAGCCAGCAGCGCGGCCUCGCCUCGGGCGCCGUGGAGAGAGACGGCCUGCGCUGUCAUCGGCGCUAAGAAUACGCCUCACACGCCCUCCUGACAUGUGCUGUGCAUAGUUAUCAUCAGUGAGAAUGGCUGCUGUGGGAGAAGCCGACUGUAUUUUGAUGCCGUGUAGUGGGCUCGGUUACCGUCGGUUACCGGAGAUGUAUUUCUGGUCCCCGUGACCUCGUUUUAGAAAACGAGGCAUGCGGCUGCUCUGCUGUACUUUGUGCCAUCAGGAUCCGACUCGGACGUUUAGUUUGGAUGAUACUCCUAAAAUAAGUUAGUGCACUUAGAUGAGCUCUGGUGUGUAAAAACAUGUUAUGAAUGCAUAAGUUUCUCCUUCCUUAACGACAUGAACCACCAAGACAUUGACGAGGUUAUAAAUAAUGAUUUUUAUAGUAAAUAUUAAAGUUGUUCUUCUUGUGGCUCAAAGGAAGGCCAGUUUUAUAGCUUCUCAGCAUAACUGUUUUCAGCUUCGCUUACAUAAAAAAGGUUUAAAGGGUUUUCUACCCCUCCGCUAGUCUUCUAAGGCAAUAACACAAUGUACCAUUAGAACACUGGAGAUGGGCCUCUACACACCUCUGUAGAGACGUCAUUAACACCAGAGAAUAGUCAUUUACACAUUAACUAUGUGGAGAGAGGAUUUAUGAUUAAUUUAAUGUUAUCUUCAUUGAGAAGAACAGAGCUUUGGUCUGAGAAGAUAACUGGUGAUGUCAUCAGGGUUAUCUCCACUUGGACUUGGAAACUUAUACAAGGAAGUUAAAAACUGGAGAUUGUAUAAUAUUAUGAACCAGGGUAUAAUAAGCCUACUACCCCUUUAAGACAUACAGAUGAGCACAACCCCUUCAGCUGUGACACGGUCUCGUUAUCGUUAAAUGGAGCUUUCCUUUAUCAUUACAGAUUAAGAAUUUUAAAAACAAGAAUAUUUUCUUUAUUUAAUGCCUCAUAAUAAGAUAAUGUAGGCAAAUGCAAGUGGUGCACAUGGCCUCUUUCCUUUAGGCUGCUGUAGUCAGGAUGCGUCGCUCACGCGCAUCUUUUCAUCAUCUCGCCGCGAGAUCACUGUCCCGUGCGCGCGCGUGCGUGCGUAAUAAUAAUAAUGGAGGGGAGGGGUCGAGAGAGAGAGAGAGAGGGAGGGAGCUGUGCGCCCCGCGGAGCCCGCAGGCAUCUCAUUCAGAGCCGGCUCAGCGCGACGUCUCCCCGGCGGCGACCGCCUGACACCCCGGUGCCCGCGCCUUGAUGUCACCGAGGAGCCGCCGGUCGUUACAAUGCGUCCCGGACCGGGUCCUCCUCCUCCUCUUCCUCUUCCUCCUGCUGCCGGUGCUGUGCAGCCCUCCCGGUCCCGGUCCCGGUGCCUGUGCCUGUGCCUCCUAGUGUGGCUCCACUGUGCCGGGGCUGCUGCUCCCCCUGAAGCCGGAGAACAUGAGCCUGGUUCCCCGAGGAGCAUCCUGGAUCAGGUCCAGAGUUAUGAGAUUACUUAUCCCACAUGGCUGCAGCCUCGCAGGCGCAGCAGGUCUGCCAACCAAGAGCAUCCUGCAGAGGUCCAGGUCCUGGUGUCAGCCGAGGGCCGCGAGCUCAAACUCCACCUGGAGAGGAACCAACAGCUGUUGGCCCCCGGGUAUCAGGAGAUAUGGUACAGCCCGGACGGAGUCCGCCGGUCCUCCUCUCCUCCCAGCACUGCUCACUGCUUCUACCACGGGGAGGUUCUGGGCAUGAGCGGCUCGAGUGUUGCUGUGAGCACGUGCUCCGGACUCAGGGGACUGAUUUCCCUGAACACCAGCGUCAGCUACCUGAUCGAGCCGCUUCCCGUCGCCGCGGGCGGCGCGCGGCGGCGGCACGCCGUGUUCCGGGCCGAGAGCCUCCGUCUGCCCGGAGGCCGCUGCCCGCAUCGCCACGGCGACGAGGAGCAGGGGGAGGGGCUUAACGACUUCCUCCGCGGCAUGACGUCGCCGCCGCGGAGCGUGAGGGAAAAAAGGGAUCUGAGCCGGAAUAUGAAGUACGUGGAGCUGCUGCUGGUGGCAGACAAGGCCGAGUUUGAGAAGCAUGGGAGUGAUCUCCAGAAGACCAAACAGAAGUUACAGGAGGCGGCCAACUUGGUGGACAAGUACUACAAGGCCCUGAGCAUCCGCGUGGCGCUGAUCGGCCUGGAGGUGUGGACCGGCCGGGACAUGAUCGGCGUGUCGGACAACCCUCACGGCACUCUGGCGGCGUUCCUGUCCUGGAGAGGCAAACAGCUCCGCUCGCUGCCCAACGACAACGCUCAGCUCAUCACGGGGCGGAGCUUCCGAGGCACCAUCAUCGGGAUGGCGCAUCUCAAAGCCAUGUGCUCUGACUACCAGUCGGGUGGAGUGAACACGGACCACUCGGAGUCCGCUGUGGGCGUCGCGGCCACCAUGGCACACGAGAUGGGCCACAACUUCGGCAUGAGCCACGACGCCGCCGGCUGCUGCAAGGCCGAGGCCGACGACGGAGGCUGCAUCAUGGCGGCGGCCACCGGGCAUCCGUUUCCACGCGUGUUCAACGGCUGCAACCUGAAGGAGCUGAACAGCUACCUGAGCUCCGGAGGAGGGAAGUGUCUCUUCAACCUGCCCAACACCAGCUCCAUGUACGGGGGGCAGCGCUGCGGCAACGGCUACCUGGAGGACGGAGAGGAAUGCGACUGCGGAGAGGAAGAGGAGUGUACGAGUCCGUGCUGCAACGCCAACAACUGCACCCUGAAGGCGGGAGCCGAGUGCGCCCACGGCGUCUGCUGCCAUGACUGCAAGUUGAAGAGCCCCGGCGUGCUGUGCCGCGCUCCCUCGGGCUCGUGCGACCUCCCCGAGUUCUGCGACGGGAAGGAGGAGUCGUGUCCCGCUAACUUCUACCUGGUGGACGGCGCGCCGUGCGCCGGCGGCCGGGCGUACUGCUACACCGGCAUGUGUCUCAGCCUGGAGCAGCAGUGCCUCUCGCUGUGGGGGCGAGACGGGCUCCCGGCUCCUGACCAGUGUUUUACGAAGGUGAACGAAGCCGGCGACAUGUACGGGAACUGUGGCAAAGAUCUGUUUGGGAAGUACAAGAGAUGCAAAGAAAGGGACGCUCAGUGCGGGAAGAUCCAGUGUUUGUCGUCGGCAUCGAAGCCCGUCCAGAGCAGCGCCGUGCGCAUCGUGACCUCCGUUACCGUGGGCAACGAGAAGAUCCAGUGUAUGGGGACGCACGUGUACAAGCCCGGGCAGGGGGACGAGGACGGGCAGGGGGACACGCUGGACCCCGGCCUCGUCAUGACGGGCACCAAGUGCGGCGUCGACUCGAUUUGCUUUGAUGGAGAAUGCCGCGAUGCGUCUUUCCUCCGAGCCGACGAGUGCAACGCCAAGUGCCACGGACACGGGCUGUGCAACAACAAUCAUAACUGCCACUGCGAGGCGGGCUGGGCUCCGCCCCUUUGUGACCACACAGGGGCGGGUGGGAGUGUCAACAGUGGACCCGUCAUCAGCCACAGUCAUCUCCUCCCGGCGCUGGUGGUCCUCCCCCUGGUCCUCUUCGUGGUGCUGUGUGCUGUUGGACUCUGGUGCUGCUACAGGCACAAACUCCACCCACUGAAAACCUCUGCUCCACCUCCAAUGUCCAGUUGUGCGGUCCCCGUGGAGGUGAAGCCUCAGGCCGACGGCCCCGUGAGCGGUCAUGCUAACCCGAUAUUCUUGCUAAAGAAACGAGACUCGGACCACCUGGCGAAGCCGUCUUCUGGUCCCAGCCCGUCCUGCUCCACUCGGUCCAGAUCUGCUGCUGUGCGUCCGGCGGUGAAGCCUCCGCACGUACCCGCAGCGCAGGAAGAGCAAACGCCCCAGAUCCCAACACCUCAGACCCAGAUCCAGAACCAGAUCCAGAUCCAGAACCAGCCCGUAGACAAACGCCGCUCUCCUCCUUCUCAGCUCCCCGAGCAGAGAAGAAACAAGGCCCCUCCACCACCGUCAGGACGCCCACCUUUACCUCCCUCGGAUACCAAACCGCAGCCGAAGCCCCGCCCAGACCCCCCGAGCAGACCUCCACCACCUUGCCCCGCCAACAGACUGUCAGGGGAACAGCAGCCAAUGAAAGGCCUGCAGGUUAGCACCAGCGCCCUGCAGAGAGGGAAAGCUGCUUUAGCGCCAUCUGCUGGACAGAAAAGGCUAAACAGAAACUAAGAGCUCAGGGAGACGUCGGGGACCACCUCUUACAUCCCAUAAUGGACUGGAUAUGAUACUCUGUGGUUUACAGUGUAUACACUCAUGUAUUGAAGGACAUGACUAUAAUCACAACAGGUCACAGUACAUAUGAGUACGUUUUUAAGAUUCACGCUUAAUGUUUUGUAAAUUAGCGCUGAAGCGGAAAACCCUGUGAAUUAUUUUUUUCCAAAGGUUAAAGGAAAUGUGAAGUUGUUUGUUCCUCGUGUAUUUAUUUGCAAAAAGCAAAAUGCCUGUUUACAAUGUCGCCUGCGUACUAGACGCGGUGUCUCUUUAAGAGCAUCAGCUGUAGAAGGGAUAUCUUAUAUUAAGAAAAGAGAUGCCUGCAUUGGAGUGCUUAUGCUUCUUAUGUGUGAAUGGGACUGUAACUGGACUAAAGGGACCGGUGACAGCCCGUCAGCAUGCUGUAACAUUCGCUUAUGAUGAGAGAGAUUAUCUUUUAGUGAGUUUUAUUUUAAGUGAUUUUAUACUGAUGUGGUCUUGCACUUUGAGCAAUCAUUUUAGGAUCAAAUGCUCUGCAGAAGGUGAGUAUUUGUCGAAGAUUUUUGGUGAUUUAUCACUUUAAGGUGACCAUCUGAACCCACACUGACUCUUAGUUACGUCACUGACUAUCAGGGAUCAAUUCUUCUUCGUCCAUGGCAUCAUUUUUAAUAAUUUCCCUUUUGUAAAUUUAAAUAGUUUUGCAUGUUACUGAUAUUGGAGUUCCCUCGUGACCAAAAUGCUCUGAAGUUCCUCCUCUAGCGGAGAAGACCGUGUCAUGUGUCUCAUGCCGUGUCUACAGGGAUAACUUUGUGAUUACUGUCAGGUUCUGUUAAAACUCGAUGACCUGGUUUUAUCCGUAAUAUGUCAAAAACACCCGACAUGUUUUACAUUCAUAUCAGAUCUAUGCAAACCCUGGCACUGUGCAGCACUGUGUCCUCAACUGGAAUUCACAUAAAUGCAAAAAUAAAUAAUGUUGUACAUUUGAA